AAAAGACUAUUUUGAAUUUUCAGCAAUAUAUAACACAAUAAUAAUAAAAUAUAAAACCGAGGAGAGGACCAUAGUCUUAGUCUAAGCCAGCCAGUUGUUUCCUUUUCUAUUUUUUACUAUAUUUCCUUUGUUUUCUGCGUCUCUUCUAUUCUUCGAUUUCGAUUCCUCUUCUAAAGAGAGAGAGAGAAAUGGAAAACAUAGCUGUGUGGCAGGGGGCAACUCUAGGUGGAAUUGUGGCAUGGAUUUUAUUAUCUUCAUACCUCAACGUCACCCGCAAGCUUCGAUCUUUCCUGCAACCUUGGGUGGCUCACCAUGUCAUCGCUGGGACUCCUCUCAUCUUCCAGAUCCAGAAAUACCAGCAUUGGUUAUUUGAUGCUUUGUUCUCUGGGUUGUCCUGUGUUGUUUCUGUGCCCUUUUACACUGCCUUUCUCCCUUUGCUAUUCUGGAGUGGCCAUGGCAGAUUGGCUAGGCAAAUGACCCUUUUGAUGGCCUUUUGUGAUUAUUUAGGAAACACUAUAAAGGAUAUGGUAUCAGCUCCCAGACCCAGUUCACCACCUGUUAGGAGAAUAACUGCUACAAAAGAUGAGGAAGAUAAUGCAUUGGAAUAUGGAUUGCCCUCUUCUCACACUCUUAACACAGUUUGCUUAUCUGGGUACCUUUUACACUAUGUCUUGUCUUAUAUUCAAUAUGAAGAUGUCUCCAUGAAAUUUGUUGGGCUUGCCCUUGUUUGCUUGUUUGUGAGCCUCAUUGGUUUUGGAAGAAUUUACCUUGGAAUGCACAGUUUGAUCGAUAUCAUAGGUGGUCUUGGCAUUGGAUUGGUGAUCCUUGCAUUUUGGCUUACAGUUCAUAAACAUGUCGACAAUUUUAUUGUUUCAGGACAAAAUGUUACAUCCUUUUGGGCUGCCCUAAGCAUCCUGUUGUUCUUUGCUUAUCCAACUCCUGAGCUUCCAACACCAAGCUUUGAGUACCACACAGCCUUUAAUGGUGUUGCAUUUGGAAUUGUAUCUGGGAUCCAGCAAACAUACCAUCAGUUUCACCAUGAAGCCGUUGCGCGCAUAUUCACCCCACAGCUCACAAUAUCAAACUUUGUGGGAAGAAUGCUGGUUGGAAUACCAACAAUACUUCUUGUGAAGUUCUGUAGCAAGGCUCUAGCGAAAUGGAUUCUACCUGUUGUAUCAAACACGCUGGGCAUCCCAAUUAAAUCAACCAACUACAUUCCAACUCUGAAUGGAAAUGGGAAAAAAUCAGAUGAGAGUAAACAAUCUGGUUAUAUCCAAAGGCUGUUUUUUUCUCAACAGGGUUCAUUUGAUGUUGAUACGGGUAUAAGGUUUAUUCAAUAUGCAGGCCUUGCAUGGUCGGUGGUAGACCUUGUUCCUUCUCUUUUCUCUCACCUGAGCUUGUAAUUCUUAGUUCUUGUAAAAUAGUACUACGCUAUUAGCUAGUUUCAACGGGCGUAUGCUAUAUGUUAUCAUAUAUUUUGAUUAGUGAGAACCAUUCAUUUUUUGCUCUAUUUAUGUAUAUCAUAAAUUUUACUACGUUCUUAGCUAGUUUCAACGGGCAUAUGCUAAUGUUAUUUAUGUAUAUAAUAUAUUUUGAUU